AAGGAUGCAAGUUGAUUUUGCCGGCUUGCCAACUCUUUACAAAGCAUUUUGGAGCGGGAAUUGUUUUCUAGAUUUUUAGUACCCUUAUGUAACAAAACAGAUAUUUUAAGAUUUCAAACUUACAGUACACGAUAAGUAGAUUUCAACAAGAUGAUGGAAUCAGUAUUCCAAGUUCCGGAAGACACUCCGGCCGAAUACAAGAAUGAUGUUCAACAAACUCUUGAUUCAAUAGCAGAGCACAUUGAAGUUCGUGGAAGCAAUUUCCGUUGGUCUUUGGAGGAUUUUGAAGUUGGAAUGCCUCUAGGCCGUGGGAAAUUCGGUCGUGUGUUCCUAGCUAGAGAAAGAUCAUCAAAGUACAUGCUUGCCCUGAAAACGCUUUACAAAAAAGAAAUAGUCGCAAACAAAGUCGAAAAGCAAGUUUUGCGAGAAAUUGAAAUCCAAUCUCAUUUAAGUCAUCCGAACAUCUUACAACUACUAACUUACUUUCACGACGAUAAAAAGAUAUACUUGGCAUUAGAAUACGCAGCAGGGGGAGAAUUGUACAAAGCCUUGAAAAACCAGCCUGGAAAAAGAUUCAACGAGCAUUUGGCUGCAAAAUACAUUUAUCAAGUCGCAGACGCUUUAGAUUAUUGUCACAAGAUGGACGUCAUUCACAGAGACAUAAAGCCAGAAAAUUUGCUACUCACCUACCGAGGUGAUAUAAAAUUGGCAGAUUUUGGAUGGUCUGUUCAUGCACCGACUACAAAACGUCAUACAGUUUGCGGCACUUUGGAUUAUCUUCCACCGGAAAUGUUAUUUUUCCAAGGUUACGACAUCUUCGUAGAUCAUUGGUGCUUAGGAAUUCUUUGUUAUGAGUUCCUCGUAGGAAGACCUCCUUUCUAUAGUGAUUCCAAACAAGAAACUUAUGAUAAAAUCAAAGCUGUGAAUAUUAGGUGGCCAUCGCUAGUUACCUAUAGAGCUAAAGAUCUGAUUUCGAGGGUAGGUUUAUAUUUUUGUAUGCGAGAAAUUGACUUUGAAACUGAAAUUCCAAGAACCAUUAAACAGAUGAAGGUUUUUAUUUCAGCUGAUCAAAAAAGAAAGCCAUGAAAGAAUUCCACUGGUGGAUGUGAAAAGACACCCUUGGAUUCUUGCAAAUAAAGAUAAUAAGUAGUUGGUGAUUCCAUGUUUAUAUCAUUAUGUUAAAAUAUCAUUUAAAUAACUAUUAUAGAAUAUUAAUACGCGCGUGCACUGUGCACGCACCUACCUUCAUCCACGUUGUUAAACACCCGGGGUUCCCGGAAACCCAGCUUUCUUUCUAAAAUUUUUUUAAUAAUGCAAUUGAAUUCGUACCUUUUUCAUGUAUUCCAAGAAAUAAAAAUCAGAAGUGAGUUCCAAAGGAUCAAAACACUUUAAAAUAUAGAAAACACACAACAAAAUUCACCUGCUGUCCCUGGCGGACCUCGCGAACGUAACAAUUAUGCAGCAAAACGACGCAAAAUAUUUCACGUCGGGUUUUCGCACACAGAAUAUAACGAAUAAUUAAUAAUAAUAAAAUUAUUAUUAAAUUUAUUAUUUUUCAACAGAUUUGAUGUUUGUGGAUUAAAUAACUUGAUAAGAAAUGAAUAAUCCAUUCAAAUUUGAAUUUUUAUGGGGGGUAUCCGGCAACCCUGGGUGGGUUUGCGACAUAUGCAUGCUUUGUAGUCGAAUAUUGUAGCCAAUAAAAUUCCUUCGCAUUCAGCUGAAAAAAUGGUUUGGAGGCCCCACGCGAAAUUGUCAUUUUUACUCCACUUACAUGCAAAAAUGUACCGUUGUGGGCACUCCGCUUACCCACAUGCACGAACAACGGUUAAAUGAGCUGAAGAAGUGCAGGAAAAAUUGUAUUCAUUUUAAUGACCUAAAAAUACACAAAAAGUAAAUAAUUUGUUUACUGCACAAUGUUAUUGUUAUACAGAAAUUUUUAUAAAGAACUAAAUUAUUUUCAUCCUUUUUCUAUGACAAAAAUUAGUGAUCGUUUAUUUAUGUAUCGAGAUAGGCUCUCAAACUUAUUAAACCCCAGAAAAUUAGAUCACUGAACAUUUAUCUUUGUUAUAACUAAGGUAGGUUAUAACAAAUAGAAAAUAGUCAUCAAUUCUUCUUUAAAACAUUAUUUUCCAUCUUAUAUUGUAUACGGAAACAGUUUCGCUGACUGACUAAACUCUAGAAAAUUAUUAAGACUCAACAUUUAUCUUCGUUAUAAAUAAUUUAAGUUAAAAAAUAGGAAAUUUUAAUUAUUUGUACGUAGAAACACAUUCUUUUUUAUUGUUUAUGUAUCGCUAUAGCUCAUCAGACUAAUUCUGAUGAAAAAUAUUGUUAAAAAUUAAGAUUUAUCUCUGUUAUCAAUAAUAUAAGUAAACAAAU